AUGGGACACAGCCAGAGCAGCAAAGCAUGCCGCGCUGCUCAGAAAGCGGUGCCCGACAAGCCCAGCACGGCCUCUGAGCCCUCGUUUGCGGAGGGCUGUGCUGCCAUUGAAUCUGGGUGCGGGCCUUUGAGCCGGGUGGUUCCAGACAAGUUCCAGCGACUGGCGAUGGCCGGACAUCUCGAGGUGGAUAUGGAAAUUGCACGCGGCCUGUCUUUGCGAGAGUCCUUGUUGCAGGGUGGCCGCCUGUGGCUGACUUGCCCGGUCAAUUUGGACAAGAAAUCUCGUGCGGAGCUUUGGAAUAGGUCGCGUCCUGUACAGCAAUUCGACUUGUUCCUUUCCCACACUUGGAUGACGCCAGGAAAGUGGAAGCUACUGUCACUGCUGUUGCACUCUGGCUCGCACAAAGUCCUUCUCAUCUGGUCCACCGCAGUGAUUGCAGCCACUUCGCUGACAAUUCUUGGCCGUCUUCCUUCUCCUUGGCUGGUUGAGGUUCAUGCAAUGGAAUUCAAAGCCAUAUGUCCCGUCGGUCCAUGGAUCGACCUGGCCAGUUUUGUAGCAACCGUAUUUGGGCUGCUGGUCUCACCCUACGUCCCGAAUGCACGUCGCCAACAUGACAUCUGCUUUCUCGAUGUGGCCAGCAUUCAUCAGACGGAUCAGCAGAUGAUGGAAAGAGGCAUAUACGGCAUUGGCGGCUUUCUUCGCAUCUCUCGCGAGCUGCGUGUGUUAUGGUCGAUGCCCUACUUCUCGAGACUCUGGUGCGUCUUCGAGCUCGCGGCCUUCCGCAUCGCCAACCCCGGCGGCAAGAUCACCCUGGCUCCGCUGUUUGUGGAGACCGUCGUCUGUGUGAUGAUCUUGUGGGAAUACUUCUUCGCUGUGAUCUACUGGAGCACUCGGGUGUCGCAGGUCGACGAGGUCUACAACUAUGUGGCGUACCUGGUUGCCAUGCUUCCAUGCUGCUUUGCAAUGCACAUGGUUCGGAGGAGCCACAUGGCCAAGCACAAACUUUUUGCGGACCUUGAACAUUUUGACCUCGCGCAAGUACAGUGCAGCAGCGAGUUCGACAAGGACUUCAUCCACACUGCCAUUGUCAAGUGGUAUGGCGGGGAAGAGGCCUUCACGGCAUUCGUUCGCGGCCCGCUGCGGGAGGAGCUUCUCAGUGCUUUGGCCUCCAGCCCUUUGGUCGCCUAUCCACUGCUCCUCCUCUCGCCAGCUGUGGCCAACAGUUUGACCUACUUUGCCAGCUUUUGGCAAGGCGGCGCACCUUCACAUUGCCUCGUCUCCUACGUGAUGGGCUCCUCCUUGGGCUUCGACGUCUUCUGGGUCUUCAACAGCCUCUCCUUGUUCCUCUUCCUUUGCGACCGUUUCGCUGAGCCGAUCCGGCCGGGGUUCCUUGAUCACGUACAGACGCUGCUGAUCUUCCUGGCCUUUGCAGCCUGCUUCUAUGGCGGAGCAGUCCUCUCCGUGUGGGCGUACACGUCCAGCCAGCGGGCCGCGGUUGCCUGGCUUUGCGUCUCGCUGCUUGGCGCCGCCCUGUCCUCUGGGGCAUUGGAGGAGGAGGAGUAUGCGCGCCAGAUGGAAGAGCUGGAGAAGGAGCUCGAGGAAGAGGAGAGCGAACGCCUGCGCCAAGAGAAGGAGGAGCUCCAGAAGGAGGAGGAAGAUUUGGAUAGGGAGCUCUUGGAGGAGAUGGGCUAUGACGAGGACGACAUCCAGGAGUUGAUCGAGACUUUCCGCAUGUUUGACAAGGAUGGCAAUGGCUUCAUUGACAAGACCGAGCUGGGUGCCGUCAUGGAGAGCAUGGGAGAGGAAUACACGGACGAAGAGUUGGAUGAGAUGCUUGAAGAAGCCGACACUGAUGCGGAUGGAAGAAUCAACUACGUGGAGUUCGCCGCCAUGAUGCUGUGA